AUGCUGAUGUCACUUGGAACGCACUGCGUCGGCUCUUCUUUUGGACUCCGAGGACCCUUGUCCCGGGUGUCUUCUUCUGGGCUCCGAACUGCGGGAACCCCUCCGAAUUCCUUUCGUCAUGCGAAACAAAACCACCUCAGUUACCAUACCACCGCGUUCUGUUUCCCGAUGGAUGAUGCGCCCGCAAGUAAUCAAUUGAAACAGACGAAGAAGAAGAAGAAGCCCAGUAAGAACCGCCAAACAGAAAUCAACAUGUCGAAGCUCUCGCCGUCGCUCAAGGCGCUCAUCAACGCGCCCUUUGCGCGUCCCGGCCAGGCCGCCGCGCCGUCGCACAUCAGCCAAGUUUACCAGUCCAUCGCCCGCGAUGCCGCUUCCAAGAAGGUCGGCGCAAAGCCAUGGCUUGCCAUCUCGGCCGCCGCGACAUUCACCCUCAACUCCCCCGAGUCCCUCGAGUCCCUCUGCAGCGUCGCCUCCUCAUCCCCCUCCGGCCGUCCCGACAAGCGCGAGACGGCCGAGUUCAUCCGCGAGAUCGGCCUCAAGUGCAUCAGCUUCAACGGCAUCCCGCGCACCAUCAACUGCCUCAACGCUUUCUACGCCGCCCUCCCCUCGGACGUGACCGCCCAGCUCGAGACGAAGCCGACGCGCGCGCCGACCGCCCAGAACAUCGCCGAUGUCACCGCCCGCGGCCAGGCCCUCUGGGACUCCAUCUACGCCCCCUUCGAGGUCAAGCUGUACGAGAAGCUGGCCCAGUCACACCCGGACCUUCCCGUCCACAUCCUCAACAGCCACUACGCCGGCCUGCUGUCCGAUCCCAAGGAGCGCGGCGGCCUGGCGAGCGUCGGACGCGUGCUGACAUCCAUCGUCGCCAUUUCUUGUCUGCGGGCGCAGACGGGCGUUGGCCCGCAGGUGCUGUCGCACGUCUUUGGGUUGAGAAAGGGACUGGAGGACGGCACCUUCAAGGCGGACAACCAGGAGGACAUUGAGGGCGCCCAGUGGCUUGCGAGCGACGAGGGCAGCGAGUGGAUUCUCAAGUCGGUCGACACCAUCACCGAGGCGAUUGGAGGAGCGUCGAGGUCCAACUUUGCGCCGGCGAGAGAGUCGAAGUUGUAGAGGAAGAAUAGACGUGUGCUGGUCAAGGGAAAUGUAGAACACACCGGGGUCCAGAACCGGAUCAUCCAAGCCAUUUUUGUUUAAGACUGAAGUAAAGUCCAAGAUUUUACAUUUUCUGCUACCCUCCCCGACGACUGCUCAACUGUUGUUCUACUAGUGAAAGCGCUUAGACGAGUUUCCCGUUUUUCCGAAUCGCCAUUGUUACUUGGUGCAGAUCACACAC